GGUGUCCUCUCCUCCGCCGGCAGGACCAGGACUGGGCUGGGUUAUAUGUGGUGAUGAGGUCACCGAGACGUCACCAAGAGAAUCUUCAUAAAUACUGAAAAAAUCUCCAGCGCUUUGAUCACUGGAUUGUCCAGUUUUCAGGUGAAACAUGGCGGCUCAAGGGAAAGCCUCUGAGCGCACGCCGUCGUCUGUGUUCUACAUCGCCAUAUACGUCCUUCUGGUGAUGCUGGGGAACGCCGGGAACGCCACGGUCAUCGGAGUGGUCGGAGAAGGGCUUCUCCGGGAUACGGGAGCCAUCCGAAGCGCAGAUGUGAUCCUGGUCAACAUGGCUUUCUCCAACCUGAUGGUGUCGUUGGUGAGAAACACUCUCCUGGUGAUGUCCGACAUGGGAGUGGAGGUUUUCCUCAAUAGGAACUGGUGUCGCUUCAUGAUGGGCGUCUGGGUUUGGCUCCGCUCUGCAAAUGUUUGGUCGACGUUCUUUCUGAGCGCGUUCCACUUUCAGACACUGCGUCGACUCGCCCCGGCCGUCACGAACGUGCACGGUCACCCCGGACCCCCCAAAUCCCUCAUAUUCGGCUUGUCCCUGAUCUGGAGCCUCAAUCUGAUCUACUCCAUCCCAGCGUUCAUCUUCUCCAAGAACGGAGACGAGAACUCCACCGAGACGCUGAUGUUGGUGAGCAGCACCACUCGGCCGCUGUUGGGAUGCAUCUGGGAUUUUCCGUCGGCCUACAGCGGCCUGGUCUUCGCCACCUCCUCCAUGGUGAUCCAUGAGUCCAUCCCCAUCUUCCUGAUGAGCGUUACUAACCUGGGCUCCUUGUUCACGCUGUACACUCACGGACACAGAAGAAGAGCUGCCAACAAGAGUCAGGACGCGCCGGUCAUAAGCGGGAUCCCUGCGGAGCAACGGGCGGCUAAGGUGAUUUUUGCGCUCAAUAUCCUCUUUAUUUCAUCUUGGGGCGGCAGCAUCAUCUCGGUGAACUACUUCAACUACAACCGCGGACCUUCCACGCAGUUCCUGCUGAUCGUGGCUCGCAUCACUAACAUCACCUUCAUCGCGCUGUCGCCCAUCGUGCUCGCCGUGGGACACCGCAGACUCCGAGCCUUUAUAAAGUCAGUCCUGUCGUGUAUCGUCUGACAGACAGCUCUCUAUGGACAGGCAUCAAACACAUAUGAUCACAAGCAUGUGUGUCACAUUAUUUAUUUUUAAUAAAGUUAUGUACUU